AUGCCGUCCGACCUGUCCUACUGGCUCAUCAGCGUCCCCCUCGAGGAUGGCGACCCGCACCGCAUGUUUUCCGAAGUCGGAAACAAGCUCCUCAGCGACGGCGGCAGCGCCAGCAACGACUUUGGACAGCUCUCGUUUCCGCCACUCAAGACCGGCACGCUCGAGUCCCUCAUCUCGCUCUCCGAGGAGCUGCCCAAGCUCGACACGGCCCACACGCAGGUCGUGGCCAAGGUCAUCGACACGCUGCGCGCGCUGCUCAACAACGACGAGGCGGCGCUGGCGCAGCACGUGCUGGUCAACGAGCAGCCCGUCGACGACUACAUGCUCGGCUGGAGCUGGAACACGUCAAAGUACCGCGCCGACCGCAGCCUCCGCGACAUUGUCGACGCCGUCGCAAAGGAGCUCACCUCGAUCGACAACGUCAUGAAGCAGAAGCUCAACACCUACAACAUCGCAAAGGGCCAGCUGCAGCAGCUGCAGCGCAAAAAGACGGGCAAUCUCAGCGUGCGCUCCCUCGCCGACGUCGUCCACCGCGAGGAUUUCGUCGACCGCAACUCCGAGUUCCUCGAGACGCUCCUCGUCGCCGUCCCCAAGAACAGCGCAAAGGAGUGGCAGUCGAGGUACGAGCGCCUGACGCCCAUGGUCGUGCCCCGCUCCUCGAGCAAGCUCGCCCAGGACGACGAGUUUGCCCUCUUCAACGUCACCGUCUUUCGCAAGGUGCGCGACGAGUUUGUCCAAAAGUGCCGCGAGAACAAGUUCAUGGUGCGCGAGUUCGAGUGGGACGACCAGAUCGUCGAGCGCCAGCGGCAGGAGCUCGAGGAUGCCGGGACGUCGGAAAAGGAGCUCUGGACCGAGCUGCUGCGCCUGUCGCGGACCAACUUUUCCGAGGCCUACCAGGCGCUGGCGCACCUCAAGGUGGUGCGGACGUUUGUCGAGAGCGUGCUGCGGUACGGCCUGCCCUCGGACUACUUUGCCAUUGCCAUCCGGCCAAAUCCGAAGCGGACAAAGGCGCUGCUGGCGACGCUCAACUCGCACUACGGCUACCUCGAAGGGUACGAGGGCAGCGGGCCGGUGGCCAAGCAGCAGCAGCAGAAAAACGGCGGCAAGAAGCGCGGCGGCGGCGGCGGCGGCUCCGACCAGGUCGAGGCGCCCGGCGAGUACGCGCAGCUCCUCGACGAGGAGCACUUCCCCUUUGUCCUCAUCGAGCAGAUGAUGGUGGCCGUCUAG